GCAGGCAGGGAGGGAGGCAACAAGAAGAGAGUCCAACACAAAGAAGGAUUCCAAAGCGGCGCCGGCGAGGCGAGGCCAACAAAGCCAUGGCCACGGCGGGCUCCCCCUCUCCGUACCCCGGUGAUUCGCCGGAGCCGUCCUUCUCCGGCGAGAAGGUGUACGUGGCGGUGGGGGAGGAGUCCAGCAGGGGCACGCUGCUGUGGGCGCUGCACAAGUUCCCCCAAGGCACCGCCUUCGUGCUGCUCCAUGUCUACUCCCCUCCCAACUUCCUCCCCAUCCUCGGAGCCAAGAUUCCCGCCGGCCAGCUGCGAGAGCAGGAGCUGAUUGCACACAAGAAGAUGAACCUGCAAAGAAUCAGUGACAACUUGGAUCAAUACCAACUCAUAUGCGCGCAGCAGAAGGUACAAGCUGAGAAAUUGGUGGUUGAAUCAGAUGAUGUUGCAUACGGAUUGGUGGACGUCAUCUCUGAGCAUAAUGUUUCCAUGCUUGUAAUGGGGGCCGCAGAUGAUAAGCACUAUACAAAGAAAAUGAAGGUUCUGAAAUCCAGGAAAGCACGAGUUGUAGAACAGCAUGCAGAUCAUUUCUGCAAAAUAUGGUUCAUUUGCAAAGGCACACUGGUAUACUGUAGGAAGGCUGCUCCCUUUGGCCAUGAUGUGAUGCAGGACUGUAGGCAAAGUGCUACUUCUGCACAAUGUUCAGUGGAGAGAUCGAGUAGCUUGUCAGAGAUUUGGUGUGUUUCAAACACAUGGCUACACAAACUAAACCUCGAACCACAUAUCGAGACAACUAGUUCAGACAGAUACUCUGAUAAGGAAAAGUUAGAGGAUCAUUACAUGGAAGAUACUAAAGAGCGUGGUGAGUCUGACAAUGAGCUCCAGCAUAUACCCAUGCAGUUAGAGAGAGUAAGACAAGAAGCUUAUGAGGAGAAAUGUAGGCGUGAGAAAGCAGAGCAGGAGUUAUUUGAGGCUCUCCAGAAAGUGCAGGUAUCAGAGAAUUUGUACUUUGGAGAACUGAAGCAAAAGAAUGAAAUAGAGGUAAAAUUGGCAACAACAAUGGAGGAAGUUGACAGGCUUGCAAGAACAGCUGAUGAACUUGCUGCAAAAUUUCAAGAGCAAUGUGAGAAGAUAUUGGUCCUAGAGAAGCGAAGCGCCCAUUCUGACCGUAUUAUCAAGGAUCUUAUGUUGCAGCGUGACAAAGCAGUAAGAGAGGCAGAAGCAAUACGUGUAAAAAAUGGAGAGUCUACUGCAAUUGCGGAUAGAACAAUUCCCAUUACAGAGCUAUCGAUAUCAGAGAUUAAGGAGGCAACCAGCAACUUUGAUCACUCAUCGAAGGUUGGGGAAAGUGUUUAUGGAAGUGUAUAUAAGGGACUUCUUCGGCAAACAAAUGUGGCUGUAAAGAAGUUGAAUCCUGAAAGCACAGAGUCACUGUCACAGUUCAGUCAUGAGGUGGAAAUCCUUAGCAGGGUGCGACAUCCGAAUCUUGUAACUCUUAUAGGGGCAUGCAAGGAUGCCCGAGCUCUUGUCUAUGAAUACAUGCCCAAUGGAAGCUUAGAUGACCGCUUGGCUUGCAAGGACAAUUCAAAGCCUCUUAGUUGGCAGUUGCGUACCCGCAUCGCUUCCAAUAUUUGUUCUGCACUGAUUUUUCUCCAUUCCAAUAAACCCCACAGCAUUGUUCACAGUGACUUGAAAGCAUCUAACAUUCUUCUUGAUGGAAAUAAUGUGGCUAAGCUUAGUGGUUUUGGUGUGUGCCGAAUGUUAACUGAUGAAUUCAAGGCCACAACCACUCUAUACCGCCAUACCCACCCAAAAGGAACUUUUGUGUACAUUGAUCCUGAAUACGCUAUUUCUGGUGAUCUGACACCCCUAUCUGAUGUAUAUUCUUUUGGUAUCAUACUCCUGCGACUCUUGACUGGAAGAUCAGGAUUUGGUCUUUUGAAAGAUGUGCAACGGGCAGUAGCAAAGGGUUGCUUGCAAGCAAUAUUGGAUUCAUCAGCUGGAGACUGGCCUCUUAUGCAUGCUGAGCAGUUGUCUCGGGUAGGCCUAAGAUGCUGUGAAAUCAGAAGAAAAAACCGUCCUGACCUGCAAACAGAGGUUUGGACAGUACUUGAACCAAUGUUGAGGUCUGCUUCCUCUAUGCUAUGUUCAUUAUCAUUUAAAUCAGUAUCUGAAGACUUUGGUAAUGUGCCAUCCUACUUCAUCUGUCCAAUACAACAGGAUGUCAUGAGGGACCCUUUAAUUGCUGCAGAUGGUUUCACCUACGAAGCAGAGGCUAUAAGAGAGUGGUUUGAUAGUGGUCACUAUACAUCACCCAUGACAAACCUCGAUCUACCACACCGUGAUCUUUUGCCGAACCAUGCCCUCCGUUCUGCAAUUCAAGAAUGGCUUCAGUCAAAUGCAGAUUAAUAUGUUUGGAUUCUCAUCAUGGAAAGUAACAAUGAAAAUUAUGUCAUAUAUCUUCUGAAGAUACAUCUCAGACCAGGGUUAAUAAGCAGAAACCACAGGAAACCAAACGUCUUGUGUCUUUUUUUGUUCUGAAGGAAUGACUAAUUAAAGGUAUACACACGGUUGUUCUUUUCUUUUCUUUUUUUUAGCAAAACCUGUAUGUAAAAAAUAUAAUAAAUUCGGAGCUAUCUCUGCUCCAUCAGUAGCAUGGUAGACAUUGUACAGGUAGUCACUUGUCACUUUGUCAGUGUAGUAGAGAGUUGUGAUAUCUGAGCAAUAGCCAAAAAAAUGCUCAGCUAGAGUGUAUGGAAGUGGAAAUACAUGUAUGAAUAGAACUAUCAGAUCAGAAUUUCACCAUUUAUAAUGUUAUCAUGCUUACGUGUUGUAACCAUUCUGAUUA